AUGAAGGCCGAGCCUGAGACGCGCUUUGAGAAUGGAACGGACGUAAAGUUCUCGAUAGAUGAUCUCAAGUCGCGGACUGAGCCGGAGCCAUGGGAUGGCAUCCGGAACUAUGUCGCACGGAACAACCUGCGCUCCAUGAAGAAGGGCGAGCUCGCCUUUUUCUACCACUCCAACUGCAAGGAACCCGGCAUUGUCGGCACAAUGGAGAUCGUGCAAGAGCACUCUCCCGAUCUGUCCGCGCAUAACUCCAAAGCACCAUACUACGACCCCAAGUCGAAACCAGACGAUCCGAAGUGGAGCGUGGUCCAUGUCCGGUACCGCAGCAAAUUCGUCCAGCAGAUUGGGCUCCAAGAGCUGAAGGCUAUGGGCAAGCCUGGUUCGCCUCUCGAGAACAUGCAGAUGCUCAAGCAGAGCCGGUUGAGCGUCAGUCGCGUGAGUCCCUCGGAAUGGGAGUAUCUAAUGGGGGUCGUCAAGGAGCGAGGCGGCGAGACGGAGUAA